CACCCCCAUUCCUCCAGACAGUGGGGAGAGUCAGACCGAGCAGAGCUACACCGCAGCCUCGCAUGCACCAGCAAGGAGACAAGGCGGGUGGUGACCAGCGGAAUAGCCAGUCUUUCCCCUUCACCAAUAUGCUGUCACGUUUGCGUGGGGGUACCCUCGCUCGCCCAGCGGACGGGCAAAAGAAGCCGCGGACUGUGGCCGUGACUGCCACCACCCACCUAGGCUCCCUCCACCCCAAACUCUUGUGCGAAGCCUCCAUUCCAAGCCACUAGAACUGCAUCCCCUUCUGGAGUUAGGUGUUUGCUUCAGCGGCGCCGGUGGAGGUGGGCUGCAGCAACGUGUGUGCUGUUUGGGGAAGAGAGCAUCACGAGAGGUCGCGUGUGUGAGUGUGUCUAGGACAAGGGAGAUAAUCCUGAAGUCCAGAGCAGAGCCAAAGUCAUAAGGGGAUUGGGAGGUCCUCCCCCGCCCCCCCAUCUCUUCUCUCCCCCCCCUCCCCGUUUUCCAAGCUGGGCUGGAGCAGGCAGCUAGAGCGGCGGCAGCCGUUGCCUUGCUAACAUUGAGAGACAGCGCCUGUCAUGCUUCUGAGCAGCAGCCAGCUCCCUUCCUCCUCCUCCUCCUUCUGUUGCUGUGCUGCAUUGGGAAUAAUCGCCCUGCCAUUGCAUGGAGGAUUGGAAGCUUCUGCAAAGGGGAGAACUGGACCCGCUCUGAGAAGAGGCUUUGCCACCGCUGCUGCUGCUGCUGCUGCUGUCUAAGCCAGAACAAGGAGGAGUGCUUCGGCGGGGCGGGGGCAGGCAAAAGCAGCCCAGCCUGCAAGCAUGAGCUGAGCUCUCCGGCUUCUCUGCCCAAGUGGCUGGAUGGCUCAAGAGCUGAGCCUAGGCGGGGGGCCGAAUAUCUUUGGGAACUGUAGCGGUUCCUGCUGGCUUCCGGGACCCCAUUCCCGCCCGCGCUGCUGCUUCUGUAGGCGGAGGCAUCUUUGAACAAGGGGAGUGAAGGCUGCAAAGGCGGUUGUUGGGGCCGCUAAUGUGGUCCUAAUGCCUGUCACUUCCCGGGACGCGCUGGUGGCGGCGGCGGCAGCGGCAGGCAGGAGCCCCCCGAGUCCUGCUCAGGCUUGCUUAGCCGGCAUCUGAUUGGAUACGGUCGGGCUCUGCGUGGGACAGCAGGGCUGUGGCAAGGGCUCUCGGAAACCAUGGGUUAUUGCAGCGGCAGGUGCACGCUGAUCUUUAUCUGUGGCAUGCAACUGGUGUGUGUGCUGGAGAGACAGAUAUUUGAUUUCCUUGGUUAUCAGUGGGCACCAAUCCUGGCAAAUUUUGUACACAUUAUUGUAGUCAUACUUGGCUUAUUUGGAACCAUCCAGUAUAGACCUCGCUACAUAACAGGAUAUGCUGUCUGGUUAGUCCUCUGGGUUACAUGGAACGUAUUUGUUAUCUGCUUCUACUUGGAGGCUGGGGACCUUUCAAAGGAAACAGAUCUUAUUCUGACCUUCAAUAUCUCAAUGCACCGUUCUUGGUGGAUGGAGAAUGGUCCAGGCUGCACGGUGACAUCUGUGACCCCAGCCCCAGACUGGGCCCCAGAGGACCACCGCUACAUCACUGUCUCAGGGUGUGUUCUUGAAUACCAAUAUAUAGAAGUGGCACACAGUUCCUUACAGAUUUUUCUUGCACUGGCAGGAUUCAUCUACGCCUGCUAUGUUGUGAAAUGUAUCACCGAAGAAGAGGACAGCUUUGAUUUCAUAGGUGGAUUUGACUCUUACGGCUAUCAAGGCCCACAGAAGACAUCUCAUUUACAGCUACAGCCCAUGUAUAUGUCAAAGUAGACAAAACCAAUGCCCGUGGCUGGGCUGAGGGAUCAGUCAAAGAACUUAUUCCAGCAUGGCUUCUUGCAGGUUGCAAAAGAAUGAAAGAAGACCCGACUUUUCUGUUUCAGUAUCUAAUAGAACAAGCAUAUUUGAAGACAGAGGCCUCUCUCAGAAAGUGAUGAUAUUAAAUACAGACAGCACAAGAUUUCUUCUCUCCAUCUUGGAUUUUCCAAAUUCUUAUGCAGAAGGUUCAAAAGGAGAAGCAGUGAUGCCAUCUUCUGGCCACUAUCUACCUUCUUUUCUCUUUGCUCUUGCCCCUGAAUUAUGAAACUGUCUCAUCCAUUUUGGUUCUUUCUGAGGGUCUUUUGUACUCUGUCUGGAGCCGUGUCUUCUUAGUCAAUAAACACUAAAGAUACCGUGAUGACCUUGAAACAGAAGUCAAUAGACAGCAAGUUAUUUGCCCUAAAGGCUCUAUAGUACAUACUUGCCUUAACCCAUUCUAAGUUGCACAUCAGAGAAAUUCAGUGUGGGCUCUCUGAAGUAACUUCCUUUAGGCUCAACCAUGCUGUUCAUUAAUUCUAAAAGAUUUCUAAGGUUGUGUCAGGUAAUAGACUCUGCUUCUCAGCAGUUCCAGAGCCCAGCUGUGUAAGAAAACUGUCAGCUGUCAGAGAAAAAGUGCUUAACUAUGAAGCCUCCGGAGUGGCCAGAAUGCAAACACUUUAAAAUAAUUCUAAAAGAAUUGGGCUCUUUGGGGAGUUCGAAAAUGCUUACUAAACUAAUAGCUGGAAAGAAAGAGCAAGAACAGUGUUCCUUAAUCCCACUGUCUUUAUUUACUGCACUCUACGUGCUUUUAUAAGUGACUCUAACUGUGUCUUUUACUAACGACAGAUAUGUCUGCAUAUUUCUAUCAAAAGAGGCCAACUGAAUAUGUAUUAAUUAUGUUUACUCUUUUAUAACUUAAUUCCAGUUGAAAAUUCUAUGUGAGUGAGCUUUUUUUAAAAAAAGAAGAGAAAAGAAAAGAAAAACCUGCAGCAUAAGAGAUUUUUCUUUCUAGGUUUCUGGGGUUUUUUUAGUUGGGGUGGGAGUAGUUGCAUUGGUGAUACUUCUGAAGACCUUUUCUGUGGUAUGUGGGGGAUCUGUUGUGUGUUAGACUGUGUAUCUUAACUUCCUGUAUUAUUGUGGCUGAAAAAAAAACCCUGUGCUGUUAUGUAGUUGGCAGCAAGAUGCCUUUGGGAACUUUACUAGUAGGUCAAUGUGUUUAUGAAAUACUCUUGACUCCUAGGAACGUCUGUUUGUUCUGAAUUUGAGCUGUAUAUUCAUCACUUCAGUGGCUUUUCAUUGAGGUAGGGGAGGCUAUUUUGCUCAGGUUUUUUGGAAUUCAAAUUGUUCACAUUUCUUAAUUUAAAACCUACAUAGAUACAUCAGCCACAGGCAGUUGAUUGGCAUAGGCAAUUUGCUCCUGCUGAGAAGAACCUAUAAAAUCUUAAAGCAGCUCUUCUCUGCACUUGCCAAAUGUUUGACUUCUGUGUGGCCUAUCAAAUCCAUCAUUCUCCAUGACAACUAUCCAUUUCCUACACAAUUUGGAUAGUCCAGCUUCUCUGCCCCUGCCCUGCCCAUUACCAUUUGGGUGUCUUUGCAUGGAUGUAAUACCUCACAAAAAUUAACCUGGACAACAAUAGUGCAGACGUUCAUUAUAAAAACAAAUAUAUAUGUCAGGUUCCAGCAACUAAGGUAGCAUUGAUACUAUGGUGUGUGUGUGGAAUUGGCUGUAACUACAGAAUACAAUAAAUGAAGCAAUUCACAUAGUAUAGUGGACAACACAUUUAAACUCCAAAUUGUAAUGCCUAUGAGAUCAAGCACCUUGAUCUUAAGCAUUUGCAUUGUUGCCUCUUCUGUACUACUCCAUCAUUCAUCAUACUGAAUGAUGUCAUACCAGUGUAAUUGUUGAAGAUGCUCCAUCUUGCUUGUUGCUGGUCCACUGGUUAGUCCUGGGCCAGAAGUCUUCUGUAAGCCUGAAAUUUACUUACUGCCAGUGAAAUUAGUUUGGAAUAUGAUGCAUGAAUAUUACAUUCUUACCUUGGUUUUUUUCUCUCCCCACAUUUGCUAUACUUAGUGUUCGUUUGGGGGCUUUAAUUCUGCAUUUUGAAGUAGGAGGGCCAAUGGAAUAACUCUGCAGUAAAUGGAUUGAGAGUCAUGGCUAAUUUAAGGCUGCAUUUAGACUGUGUAGCAGCUGGAUUGGCUGAGUGAUCUCUCACUGACAUCCUUUCCCCACUGAGGGGGAGAAGCAAAGCAAAUCAGAAAAGGAGUAGGUUUAUGUAGAUUUCUGGGUCUAGAGUUUAGAUGCCUUGAAGCAUUGGCCUUUAUAUAUAUCAAACUCCUGGAGUACUAAAAGGAGAAUUAUAAUACUUAACCACACCGUUUUGAGAUCUAUAUAGUCAAAUAUAGCUAGCUAAACAGUGACAUUUCAUGCUGGGCUCCAUAUACAGGGGUGAUAGCACUACCCUAGCUUUAGAUCCCAUGCUCAUAUAAAUGUUCACUAGGAAACAACCAUUCCGCUUCUGCUGCAAGUUGUAAAUGGUAUAUGGGGUCUUCCCUGGAUGAUACUACUCCAUAAAUAUCACUAUGUGUUCCAAAAAAUAGUUGUAAGGCUAUUUACAUGGGCAUGUGUGAAGAGAGAGGAAGGUGGGGGUGUGAAGGCAUAAUCCAGUUUAUCUUCCCCUCGGUUGAUCGCCGGUGCCACACUCACCCACACAAUCCACACUGCAUGGAACAGUGGAGAUCAACAGAGAACAGGACUUGUUUUCACAGCCUACAGAUAUCCCAUAAGGCACCAUGCGAUGAAUGCUGUGCCAUGGGGGAUUCCCCCCUCAGAUGGGCACUCUAGACUCCUGUCUCUGUGUCAACACACAAUCCCAGCGCUGGGGUCAAAGGUGCACUGGCGCCUUUAACCUCAGCUAAGAGCCAGGGCAAAAGCAGGGUUAGGCUGGGCAGGAGUGCCGGGAUCUGGAGUGAUCCCAGUGCUCCACAUCAGCAGCCUAAUGCAGGCUGGGCUGCCCUAGCCUGGGUCAAGCUGCUCAUGAGAACAGCCUUAGAAUCUUGAAUGGGACCAAGACAGAGAUACAUUCGGGAAUUCCCCGUGGGUUUUAUUCCCAGGCAUCUAUAUUGCCAGUUGUGCAGGGAUUCUCAUAUACAUACAACAGUCUUAAAAGAGAUGGGAAUGUUUGCAUGUUCAUCUACAAAUAUGUGAGAAUUCUGGAUGGUUCAGAGCAAUACUUUGGUGCCAACCCCUUUUGGGGCACAGCACAGUAGUACUUCUAGCCUGACUAGCAAAUCUCCAGGAAAGAUAUGGGUAAGAGGGUAGGUGGCUGACAGUGGUACAGGUUUCUCAACUGUAGUGUGGUUGUAACCCCACAGAAGUGGUUUCCUGUGCAACUGAAUGCUCUGAUCCUUUCUUGUGGCAGUAUUUAUCACAACAGGAUCAGAGAGUUGGUAAAGGGCUUCCUUCUGGCAGUUUGGGCCAGUCUGUACAGAUCUAUAUGAAGAAGGCAGGUUAUAAAUGUUUAAACAUAAAUAAGAAUAUAUGUACACCAUGAACGUGUAUAUCGUUCUGUCCUCCCAGCAUGCAGGGAUGUAGUGCAGGCGGGGGGAGCAUAGGGUCGGAGCACCGGUAUUUCUCGGCUUCUCUGGCUGUUGGGGUGGGCAUAGCUAUGGGGGCUGUCAUGGAGAGCGCCUGCACUUCUGAAUUUGCAUCUACAUCACUGCCAGCAUGCCAGGGUGUUGCUCCUUAAUCACCGGAGGUGUGAUUAGUCCAAAACAGCCCUCUACACAUGCUACAAACACUACUUUAAAGUAGUGAUUACAGCAUGUGCAGAGCAGCCAUUUGGAUUAACCCCCCCCCCCGACACACACACACACAUACACCCCCGACACACACACAAUUAAAAAUUGCACACCCUGCUGCACUGGGAGCAAGGGGCCCAUGUGAUUUUUUCAUGUCCUGAUCAUGCAAGGAAGAUCACAUGGAUAAUGCAUCAUCCUAACUGUCCCUUUGUCUAAUUUCCACUUCCCAGUGGAAAUAAGUGGGAGGUGCAAAAUAUUCAUGGGCUCACUCACUCUCUCCCUCCUUCUCCCUCCCUCUCUUUGCCUUCUUCAAGAGAUUACAGAAGGAAGAAUUCUGCACACCUUAAAAAUAGUGAGGUAUGUUUGAGACAUGUAUAUCUGGGGUUGCUACUCCUGAGCUGAGGAGGUCACUGAAGAACAUGACCACUGUUCUUCUGCAAGGCACUUUCUUGAGGCGAAAAUGACUUACAGUUCUAAUGUGAGGGGAGGAGGCCGUGGGGGAGGAAAAAGGCUAAAACUGGACUCUACCCCACUCCCAAGAGGAAAACACGAAGAAUUUUGAGGCUUGGAGAAUUCUCCAUUGGUAAUAUGGCAAGAUUGCCUUAUGUUGUAUGCCCACGUUCAUGCUCAAUAUGAAGCCUUCAUGCUCACUUACAUUGCAGCUAAAGGAUUACUACAAAAAGAUUUCAGGACUGUUGACUACUACAGUGAAUAAAUUAGUGGACACAUCUGCUAUGGAAUGAGUUUUAGAGCACAGUAGUGUGAGAAUAUCUGAAAUAAUGUUGUUGAAUUGUACAGCUGUAUCCUCCUCAAAAUCCAGUGAAGAAUGUUAUUUUUCUAGGCUGAGCUUUUUUGUUGUUAUAAAUCCAAAUAUUCUGAAAACAAGUGUUAACAAUCCAAAAUGUCUUUUUGUUUCUUAUAGUCAUUUGUUAAUUCUGAAUGUAUUUUUAACAAAGGUGAUUUUUUUUUACUAACUAGUGUAAUUUGCAUUUAAAAGAAAAUAAAAUGGAAAAAAUAUAGGUUUCCAAGCUA